UCUCGCGCCCCGCCCCCGUCUCCCCCCCACCCCCGCCCCUUCAGGCUCGCGCUGGGCGGCGGAGGUGGCGGUGCUGCCCGGAGCUGACUGACCCGAAUUGAAGGCGGGGGGCCGGGGUCCACCGCCCGUAGCCGAGCGGGUGCUCCUCUCCCACCCUUCCCGCGCCCCCCGUCUGGCCCCCACGGCUAACAGGGCUAACAGUCGCGCGGCUGAACGCGGCCCACAGACAGGGCGCGGAAGGGGAGUAGGCACGAGCCUGGGGACGAGCUGGGGGUCAGCGAGGGACGGGCGCUCCCACCACCCCUCCCGGCCUUCACCGACCCCGCCUGCGCCGCGGGGCUAAGACCCUUGGAGUUGCCUCUGUCAGCCUGCAGCCCAGGACCCAGCCUCCCGCCUAACCCCCACCCCCCGAGUUCUGAUUCUGCCUGCUCUCAUGCCUCUGUGAUCAGAAUUGGGCCUCCUCGGCACCUCUGCGAGCCCCAGCUUUCACCUCUACAAGCUGGCUAUGAGGAGCCGGGUCUGUGCCGUCCUGCCAGGUUGGUAGGGGUCAGGAGGGGUUAAACCACCAGGGUGUUUCUUCUGUUUGCUGGGAUGCUUUCUUCUGGAGCUGCCGAAGGUGGUAGGGUCUUGAGUCACAGUCUCUCCUUGGCAAAGUUGACCUCAUCUGUCCCAACUUGGGCAGCGGUUAGCCUCCUUCCUGCCUUGCCCUGGGAGGAAAGGGUAGGGGCUCAGGGCUGCGAUGAAUGCUGCCCAGAGACACACACCCAUGCAUGCCCAAGGCCUCCCCUGUGCCGAGUGACUCCCCCGACCCCCAUCCCUCAGCUCCCAGGUGGUACCCUUGGGUGGGGAGGGUUUGAUCUGGGUGCUUGGGCAGCGCCAGAGGCAGCCGCCGUUUCCACGACCGUUUUAGCCCUCCUUCCUCAGCCUUCUGCUAGGUGGGGCGGGGGGGAAGGUCCAGGCUCUCUUCUUGGCCAUGCUGGACACGCUGAGGGAACCUGCCCCAAGACAGCCCCUCAGGGUGGCCCGAGCCCUGGUAUCAGGCAGGCAAGGGUUAAAAGGUAUGGGCUGGUCCGUCCCUGGCCAGGUAGGCUGGGCCAUUGCCUAGUGGGAGGCGGCCUAGGCAUCCGCCACUGGGCCACUGGCGCUCCCUAGCUUACUGCCACUACCAGCUGGAGCAGGGCCUGGUCGAGACAACUGGGGUGUUUGAAGGUACCUGAGGCCACUCCACAGCACCAGUCUGGUUUGGGGUGACAGUCGUCCCGGAGCUGCCAUCCCGGGGAGGUCAUAGAAGAGUCAGUGUGGCGUAGAAGGCAGGACUCCUGACUGCAGCCCAUGGGCCUCUGAAGAGGCGUUGCCUUGUCCAGCCAUCAGCCACGGCCUCUUGACGGCACCAGGAUGGAAGUCAAAGGUCAGCUGAUCAGCUCUCCCACCUUCAAUGCCUCAGCUGCCCUGUUUGGAGAGGCCGCGCCCCAAGUGAAGUCAGAGCGUCUGCGGGGGCUGCUUGACCGGCAGCGGGCCCUGCAGGAGGCCCUGAGCCUGAAACUUCAGGAGCUACGGAAAGUGUGUCUCCAGGAGGCGGAGCUGACUGGCCAGCUACCCCCUGAGUGCCCAUUGGAGCCUGGUGAACGGCCCCAGCUGGUCCGCCGGCGGCCUCCUGCAGCCCGAGCCUACCCCCCGCCGCCGCACCCCAACCCAGCACAGCACUCCUUGUGCCCUGCCGAGGAGCUGGCGCUUGAGGCCCUGGAGCGCGAGGUGUCAGUGCAGCAGCAGAUUGCCGCCGCUGCCCGCCGCCUGGCCUUGGCCCCCGAGCUGAGCACUGAGCAGCGCCGGCGCCGGCGCCAGGUGCAGGCAGAUGCUCUGCGGAGGCUGCAUGAGCUAGAGGAGCAGCUUGGGGACGUCCGGGCCCGCCUGGGCCUCCCAGGGCUCCAGCCACCCCAGCCCCUGCCACUCUCCAGUGGGGCAGUUAUCACCGCCCAGGGAGUCUGCCUGGGCACGCGCCUUGCCCAGCUCAGCCAAGAGGACGUAGUUCUGCACUCGGAGAGCAGCUCCCUCUCAGAGUCUGGGGCCAGCCACGAUAAUGAGGAGCCCCGCGGCUGCUUCCCUCUGGCUGAGCGCCCGUCGCCACCCAAGGCCUGGGACCAGCUGCGGGCAGUAUCUGGGGGCAGCCCUGAGCGGCGAACCCCGUGGAAACCACCGCCGUCGGAUCUUUAUGGGGAUCUGAAGAGCCGGCGCAACUCGGUGGCCAGCCCCACCAGCCCUACACGCUCGCUGCCCAGGAGUGCCUCCAGUUUUGAGGGGCGAAGUGUGCCUGCCACCCCUGUCCUCACCCGGGGCGCAGGCCCCCAGCUUUGCAAACCUGAAGGCCUGCAUUCUCGCCAGUGGUCCGGCAGCCAGGACUCCCAGAUGGGCUUCCCCCGGGCAGACCCUGUCUCCGACCGCGCCUCCCUCUUCGCAGCUCGAACCCGCCGCAGCAAUAGCUCUGAGGCCCUGCUGGUGGACCGGGCAGCUGGUGCGGGAGCUGGCUCCCCUCCUGCGCCUCUGGUUCCCCCUGCCGCCGGUCCCCCGGUCUGCAAGAGCAGUGAGGUGCUGUAUGAGCGCCCCCAACCAACCCCGGCCUUCUCCUCUCGCACCGCUGGUCCCCCAGACCCUCCUCGGGCUGCCCGGCCCAGCUCGGCCGCCCCCGCCUCCCGUGGGGCUCCCCGGCUCCCACCCGUGUGUGGGGACUUCCUGUUGGACUAUUCCCUGGACCGGGGUCUGCCCCGUGGUGGCGGCGGCGGGACAGGCUGGGGGGAGCUGCUGCCUGCAGCCGAUGUCCCAGGACCCCUCUCCCGCCGGGAUGGGCUCCUCGCCAUGCUCCCCGGCCCACCGCCUGUGUACGCAGCUGACGGCAGCAGCCCCCUCCUCCGCAGCAAGGACCCCCACGGCCGUGCCCCCCGCGCCAAGCCCUGUGGCCUGCCCCUGGAGGCCACCGAGGGGCCAGAGGUGCAUCCCAACCCUCUGAUGUGGAUGCCCCCACCUGCCCGCAUCCCCCCAGCUGGCGAGCGCAGCGGCCACAAGAACCUUGCCCUGGAGGGGCUGCGGGACUGGUACAUCCGGAACUCGGGACUGGCCUCGGGGCCCCAGCGCCGGCCUGGGCUCCCCCACAUGGUCCCGCAGCACCCGUCCUUCCUCCAUGCCCGCUGCUAUGAGGUGGGCCAGGCGCUGUAUGGGGCCCCCAGCCAGGCGCCGCUCCCGCACUCGAGGAGUUUCACGGCGCCCCCUGUCUCCGGCAGGUACGGGGGGUGCUUUUACUGAUGGGUAGGGGGUCUCUUGAGGCAGGUGGCCAGAGGGUCCAGGCUAGGGAGCAGCUUGUCCCGGCUAGCGAGUGACACAGCCCUGGGGAGAACUGGCCGCGGCCCUCGCCCCGGGCUCACUGGGCCUUGCCCGACCUGCAUUAGUCUGCGGGGUCUCGGCCGAGGGGUGUGUUGGGCCUUGGUAGCAGCAGUUCUUCACCAGGCAAUAUGGGAAUGUGAAGGUCUGAACUACCAGUGCAUGUCAGCUGCAAGUGAGCCUUGGCAUCAGGGUGCUGGGAGGAAGGGACGUCCCGUGCCCUCGCCUUUCUCUUCUCUUUUCACCGUGCCCCAUGCUUGCGAGCCUUAAAGAUGCUGUCCUGUGCCUGCCUCCACCUCUUUAACGAGCCUCUUUUCCUCUCUCUUUCUGUGUCUUGUCCGUCUUUUCCUCUGUCCUCUGUCUUCCCACCCUGUCCUCCGGAUUCCUGCUACCCCUCCUAAAGAUACUACGCGGACUUCCUGUACCCCCCGGAGCUGAGCGCUCGUUUAAGUGACCUGACGCUAGAGGGGGAGCCGUCCUCCGGUUCCGACCCCCAGACCCCGGGGACACUGGUCUGACCCCUUCCCAUAUGCCCCUUAUCGGCCCGGUCAUGACUCCAGUCUGGGGAGCACCCAGCGGAUCUCGCUGAGCCCUGGGGUGUGGCUGCGCUUGGUCCUGGGGCGGGGGGCACCAACCUGAUCUCCCAAGGCCCCCGGCUCCCCGUGGGCCCCCAAAGGUGUCUGACACCCUGCUUCUGCUCUCACGCUGUGCUGGGGACUGGGGGCCCUGAGCCGGCUGGAAAGAGAGGGCGGCUGAUGUAAUGGGGCCUCCACGCCCCUUCCUCCAUUCCUGUUUACAGUCGUGAUUUAGGUAUUCACCGUCUUCCCCCCAACACUAGCCGUUUUAUAAAAAGGGAAACUGUGAUCUCGUCCUGGUUGGGUCCCUUCCUGUCCCUGUGCCCAACCUGUGUCCCGUUCAGGAACCCCCCUUCCCCAAAACAGACCAUAGAGGGUCUCAGGGCCCAGCUUGGGGCAGCCAGGAGACUCCAGUGUGAACAGAACUCCCUGCCCGCUCCCCCCCCACCCCCACCAGGGCCGUUUUCCUUGGGGACGUGGGCUCUCUGCCCACGUCUGGAAGGACUAAAGUCUGGGUGGAGGACUUGGGUUCAUUUCCCCUCCCCACCCCCAGGGUUCCUGUCUGCCUGUCUGUGCCCGCUGCCUCUGCCCACAGGGUGAAAUGGCCCAGCCUUUGGUGGCAGCCUCUGCCCCAACUCUUCCCCAGUCAGGAGGCUCUGCGGGAGGGUCCAAAGGGCAGAGCCACUGGGCGUGUUGUGUCCUGGGAUGCUGCGGUGGUGGAACCUGGCAUCUGGUAGAUGCCAGUGAAGUCCUCAGGUGACGUCUGGCCACAGCUACGUCACGUCUUCCUUGGCUUUCCUUCCAUCCACCACUUUUUAAACAAAUCCACACAAGCUGUGUUUUCUAUGAUACCUGUCUGUGACUUUCCGGAGCUGGGGGCUCCCCUACCCCCUUUACCUGGUGUUAAACUUUUCUUUUUGUACCAAUGGAUCUGGGCCCAAGACACUACCCACACUGGAAGGGGAUUUCUAUAAUAAAUGUGUAAACUGAACCCA